UAAAGAUGUCAAAUAUGAGUGGUGUGAAUCUUCUGCAACACAAAAAACCGAAAAAAUGCAUGUUGUCUUUAAGUCCAAGGUGACCAAAGUCACCAAACAUUUCAAGUCACUCCAAUCAAAAAUGCCCAGAUUUAGUAUCUUCCCAACUGGUGGCUGCUUUGAUGGAUGCAGGGAUCACACACAGCAAUCCUCAGGAUUUGGAACUAGGGUUUGGAACCUGAGUGACAAGCCUGUGGAGCUGCAGAUUAGAGUUGGGUCCAUACUAAAAAAAGUUCACACUUUGAAACCAGGCUGCUCAAAGAGGCUAAAAUGCAAGAGCAUAUACAAGGCCUACAUGCCCGGCGGAGAGAGUGGCGGCAGCGGCGGUGGUGGCAUGAAGGGCUUGCUGUAUUACUACGACGAGACCUGCCACCCUUACGUUUGGAUUCAUGACACUGGUGGUGAUACUUUGAGGAUGGUCAAGCAGCAAUAUAUCAGCCUUGAGGACCUCAGGGACUGUUGUGAGAUCAGAAUUUUCAGGGAUCAUCAGAGAGGCUGCGUUUUGGUUCGGAAGAAACCGAGGCCGGAAUUUUGCUGAUGGGAUUGGUUUUGAUUUUGCAUCUGUUUUUGUAAGUCUGUAAUGUUAUGUGUUUGUAACUUUGUAUUGGCAUUGUUAAAGCAUGCUAAUCUUUCAUGUUUUUUGAUUUUUUUUCCUCGUUGGAGGGCUAGUUUGUCUGUUUUAUUGUGUGUGAUUGAAGAAUUCAGAUGUUUUAUGGUCAAAUUUUGAAGAAAUGUGUAUGUAGUAGUAGCACAAAGAUGUAUACUGAAUGAAAUUGUUGCAGGUUUGGAUUUGGUUUUUCUUAA